GAGAAAAGAUAAGAACAGAUGCUGCUGGAAUGGUUGAAGACAGUGCGACCGUUUGCAGUCAAGAAACAAGAGAUUUGCCGAGUCAUCGUACAGUCACGCGUGUUGAGACUAUCGAGGAUAAAGGUAGUCAAACUCGAAAGUACAAUGAACCUAAAGAACUUACUACUAAUGACAAAGGUGAACUAGUAGUGGCAGACUGGAAAAAGGAACGAGUGCAGAUAUUAGACUGGACAGGACACUGUAGAAUAUGUUUAUCAUUCAAGAGCUUUGGAAAGCAAAUUAAACCAUGUGGCGUGGCUGUGUCACGUGAUGGUAAAUACUAUAUCAUUGAUAGAAGUAAUCACCAAAUAGUAGUAUGUGGAGAAGACAAUACAAUAAUUACCACAUUCAGGCACUAUUAUAAAUCAAUCCGCUUAUCGGCCAUUGCAUUGACAAUGAAUGAAUACGUAUUGGUUACUGAUUGGCAUAAGCACUGUCUUAGUAAGUACACUGUUGAUGGAAUUUAUGUUGCUGAUUUAGGUGAGGAGGGGGAAGGUGCAUGUCAGUUUAAACCUCUUAAAUCGGUAGUUGUGAACAGUAAGAAUCAAAUCAUUGUGAGUGACGGGUCAAAUCACCGUAUACAAGUAUUUGAUUCUCAGUUCAGGUUUCUGUAUUCACGUGGUAGUACUAGGGAUAAUCAGUUAUUAGAUCCUUGGGGUGUUGACGUAGAUAGUCAGGAUAAUAUAUAU